AACCGCUCUCCAACCAUGCUCGGCAAGGCGGCAGCUCGAGUCCCUCUGUCCAGUCGAGGCUAUAUCGACCUUAUGGAUGCUGGUCUUAGUGGCGUUUCUGGCGCUCAACACAUAAUAUCCAUGAUUUCGUCGCGUCGUUCAGUCACCAAGCUUAUAUUGGGUUCAAAUAAUCUCGGAGACGAUGGAUGUAUAGUCCUUUUCAAGUUCCUUGCCUCUGCUGUGGGACGGAAACAUCAAAUAGCGGAAAUCAGCCUCAACACCAACCGUUUGGGCAAUCGGGGCCUGCUUGCUAUCGCAGAAUAUUUACAAGACAACCAGUCUUUGAGGCAGCUCCUCCUUCCAUAUAACACCUUCACCUAUGACGCAGAGGUGCUGACCAGAUUCACAAGCGCCUUGAACUCGUCUCGUCUUCAACUUUUGUCUUUGACAGGCAACCACGAUCUCUCCGACCCAUUUGUAUGCGAAUUCCUACCCCUUCUCGACUCGCCUGAGCUGCAAGAACUUCACCUCUCCGCUACCGGACUUACACCCAAUGCCUCUCCGUCGCUCAUUGAAUACGUCUCUUCCCCUCGCUGUCAUCUGCAUGUCCUCAAGUGUAAUGGCAACUCACUAGGCUUCAGGGCUAUCAAAGCUAUCGUUCGUGCUGUGGAACGACACAACUUCACCAUUGUAACCUUGGAGAUGUAUUCCAAUCAGGCCACCACCGAGCCUGUGAAUAGCGACAACACGGAGGACGAUGAAGAGGACCAAGAUGACGGCGCCGGCCCCAGCUCCGUCGGACUCGACGCCUGGAAAGCAAAUGACGCGUCCAUCCGUCGUGUCUUGCUUCGAAACUCGCAUCUGAAACGAGUGACGGAAAAGGAUGCGCUUUGCCUUCUGCGAUAUUCGCGUCCACUCUUAUUACCGCGUCAAAUGCCAGAUGCUGUGCCUCCAACAGAACCUUCACCAUCUGGCUUUGCUUUCCGUUCUCUUCCUACUGAGCUCCAGCUCUACAUUAUGUCCUUCUUCGCGCCGUCCCUUUCCCCAGCACAAAGAAUCAGAAUAUACACAUAUGCGUCUUCAUCAGCGACUCUCCCCCGCAUAACACUGAGCCUGCCAGGAUUUCCUAUCAAAGGCACCUCGAUGUGUGUUCUCGACCCUGCAAUAAUGCCUUCUACUGGCAGCAGUAGUGGGUGUGCUGGGGGUCGCUGUGCCGGUGCUGGAGGCAAGACGCUGACGGAGUUUUGGUGGCCACAAGCCCCUCACUUUUUCUCUUUCGUUGAGCAGUUUCCGAAGCUUUCCUGGCGCCUCACGGAGUACGGCAUUUGGAUCCACUCUAGGAAUGAAGUUGUUCUAUAUACUUCUUUCCACGGGUGUUCUUUAACCUCGUCAGGGCUGCAACAAAGGGCACGUUGCGAAUACAAGAAUAGUUUUCGCAAACUCAGCUACCGCGCUGAACUGUUCGUCGUCGCAACUCCGGAAGAUGUGGAGAAUGCAGCCAUGGAGUUUGCAACUAUGGUGACUGUUUCUAAUGUCGAUCGCAUCCUUCAAGAUGUUCUUGAACACGAGUCGCCCACCAUCGCUAGGUUGGCCAUUGCUAGUCUCGGCAAGGAUUUAGUCCUCAGCCACUUUCCCACAAAGCCACAAGACUUCAACGGAUCGCUUGUGGCCCGCGUACUUUCGGACCUAAGUGUCUUCUUCCUGUUGGCCCACAAAAUCACCAAUAUCAACGACAAUCAUCACAUCCUCGUUAAAGAGGCGUUGAUUGUUCUUCAGACCAUCGCGCAACAAAUUAUGAACCUCAAGACCAAGUCCAGCCAUGCCACGACUUCGAAGCAUGGUAAGGUCGUGAUGUCACUGAACGGUCUGAACCACAAGUCCCGUGUGCGACACCAACGAACCCCACGCAAUGCUGGGCCCGAAGUCCUGCUGGACAUUGCGCCAUUUGAACGACUUGGCAUAGGCCUUCCCAAGAGCCUUGAAGAAUUUGAACAAGCGGAAGCGCUCAUCAUCUCCACCCAGAAGUCCAUCUUGGAGGCUUAUCUUGAAUCGCUACGUCUCCCUCAUGUUUGGGAGUCACUCAAGAGCGCCUGCCUCCAGACCGAAAUGCCAGAGUCUGAACCAGAGAUCGACGCUGAGGUCAAUGAUCGCGAAGACGGCCCCGCCGUAGACAUCCAUGUCGAUAAUGACACGCCCUUUCACGUAAUCCAGACGAUCAAAUUCUCCGCAAUUUACCGCAAACGCAUUGCGGGAUUCGGAGAUUGGGAUAUCAAUCUCGCACCCCAAGCCGAGCAGCAAUUUCGCACUCUCAACAAACAAGACAAAGCAUUGUUCAACGUCCUGUGGAAAACUCUUCGAAUGCUUUCGCGGGGUAGACUGGCGGAUGCAACACAGCAGAUCAAUACGGUCGAAAGCGAGUUGCCCAUUUUCAAAGUUGCUGUUGGCGAAGAAUUUCUGGUGUAUUAUGUCGACUGCGUUGCAACUGACGAUCAGAAUGAUCAGCAAGUCCUCAAAGUUUUCGGACUAUAUCCAGCCUCGGAAGUCUCAGGAGGGACAUUCUGGGACUCGAUGAGUCGUGAGCUGUCGAAGAGAGGAACAGUUUAUAUUGCAAGAUGUAAUCACCGUCAACCUGACUUGACCCAAUCUGGUGUAUUCACGCCAAUGGUCUUCACAGCGAGAAUUACUGCCGUCGACUGGGACGGACCGACACAAUUGCCGACGGACGACACCGAACGAAUUCUUUCGUUGCUAUUGAAAACGAUCCAUUUCUCCCAGGACGUCAUGCGUUCAAUCAUAGAAGAUAUUGAGGCUACCUUCGUUCUUGUGAUCUCCCCUGAGGAGCGAAGGAUUGUUGAACAUGACGAGUCGUGUUAUGUUUUUGGUCGUAGUGGAACAGGCAAAACGACGACCAUGCUCUACAAGAUGCUCCUCAUUGAAACAAGCUGUUUGCAACUAUCGGCUCGCCCUGUCCGACAACUUUUUGUUACUCAAUCGCGAACCCUUGCCGACAAGGUUGGGGAGCAUUUUCGUCAUUUGAUCAGUGGUUAUCGUCCCACCGCUGUGGCACGCAACUUGAUUGCCAGUAAAAUAGCUGGCAGGGCCCUUGUCAAACGAGAAGAACGCGACAAGCUACGAGAUGAUCUGCCUUCUCGCUAUAGCGAACUACAAGAUCAUCACUUCCCUCUUUUUAUUUCGUUUGAACAGCUGUGUGUUCUCUUGGAAAAUGAUGUUGUAGCUCAAUCAGAAGGCACAUCGAAGAAGACGCCCACCUAUUUGACCUUUGACAAGUUUAAAACUCAAUAUUGGCUCCAUUUCCCCCAGGCUUUAACCAGAGGUCUGGAUGCCGCAUCUAUCUUCUCUGAGUUCAUGGGCGUGAUCAUGGGAUCAGAAGCCGCUCUUGCUAGCACAUCAUCGUAUCUUGGACGCGAGGCAUAUGUCGCAAGCCAGCCACGGCGGAAUAUUCCAGCGAGCUUGAAAACGAGGAUAUACGACCUCUUCCUCAAGUACCAUUCAGAAAAGCGCUGUCGAGGCGAUUUAGAUUUAGCAGAUAGAACUCGAUUGGUCCUACAGGAGUUCAGAAAGAACGGAGUCCCAGGACAGAAGAUCGACUACUUAUACGUUGACGAGGUUCAAGACAAUCUUCUCAUCGACAUGUUGCUUCUUCGAUCCCUCUGCCAUAACCCCAACGGACUCUUCUGGGCUGGGGAUACCGCUCAAACAAUUUCAGCUGGGAGCGCAUUUCGCUUCAAGGAGCUGAAGGCAUUUUUGUAUCGUGUUGAGCAACGGCGAAAGUGCAAGCAGCCUGGCGCCUCGUUCAUGCCGGUAUCGCAACCCCAGAUCUUUCAGUUGACCACAAAUUACCGCUCGCACACCGGAAUUGUCAACUGUGCUCGGACGAUCAUUGAAACGAUCAUGCAUUUUUGGCCAGACUCUAUCGACAAGCUUCAACCAGAGAGGGCAACUGUUGAUGGACUGACACCGUUGUUUUUCGACAACCGGGAUAACACGGUGGAUGCUAAUCGGUUCCUGUUUGGUCCCGAAACAUCUGGUGGGAGGAUCGACUUCGGUGCUUAUCAAUGUAUUCUGGUACGCGACAAAUCUGCGAAAGAACGAUUUCUGCGAGAAGUUGGCGAACUCGCGAUCAUCAUGCCGAUCUAUGACGCAAAGGGUCUCGAGUUCAACGACAUUUUACUCUACGACUUCUUUGCCGAUUCCGAUGUCGAAGAGGCCCAAUGGCGAGUCAUACUCAAUAUGCUCGAGGAGGAAAUCGCUCCUGCUUUUGACAGCAUACGACAUUCAAGCGUCUGCAUGGAGCUCAAGUCGCUCUACGUGGCUGUAACACGUGCACGAAGCAAUUUGUGGAUUGUCGACCGUUCCAGCAAAGGCGAGCCCAUGCGGGCUCUGUGGGCGCGAAGGCAUCAAGUGCAGAAUUGUUCUUUUGGCAAAGACACUCGACAGUUUGCGAUAGCUUCGCGCCCGGAAGAUUGGAAGGCUCAGGGCGAGGAACUCUUCGAUAAGGGGUUGUUCUCGAAUGCUCGACUGUGCUUUCAGCGCGCGUUCAUGCCGCACGAAGCUGCUAUCAGCAAUGCAUACGCGCUCCGCGAAGAAGCCGAAGAAAUGUUCGCCAAGCCGCGAGAAACCAAGCUCAAGUUCGUCGAAGCCGGAAAUGCCUUCCUCAGCUGUGCCAAAAGCACAACUGACACUGAGACGUCCUGGGAGUAUGCCGCAAUUGCAGGUGAUUGUUUUGAGCGCGGCGACAGCCUGCUUUGUGGCGUCGAGGCUUUCACUCUCGCCAGAAAAUUCGACAAGGUUGCCACAUUCUAUCGCAAACUUGGUAUGUUUGACGAGAUGGUGCAAACAAUACAACAGCAUCCCGAAAUUGACACGACAACAUCGAAAGCUCUCAUCAAUGUCGCCCGGCUUUUCUAUUUCAAAAGCGGCCAUCCCAAGAAAGCCGCAGCCCUGUUCAGCAGCACGGAAGAUCCUUUGGAGUAUUUGUCAAGUCGCGGUUUGCAAGUGGAACGAGCCCGGUUUUUGCAAGACGUGAAAGAAGAACUUUCUCAGGCGGCAGAAGUUCAGCUUCAAGCAGGCAAAUUAUUCGCAGCCAUCGAGCUCUUUGUCCGCGACGGCAACAGCGAAAGGGCGGCAGCCUGUAUCGCUCAAGGGUUCUGGGCAUCACUUCCAUUUGCUACAACAGCUGUGGCAAGCGACCCAAGCGUCUCUAGGCUGCUCAAGUUCGCGGCUCGGUUGGACUUGACCUGCUUAGCAUCCACACGGCGCGAUGAGAUAAAUAUGUUCGAAGCCAUCAUUAACCAGGACAUCGACAAACUACGAAUUGUCGGUCAAUCUUUCCAAACUGCGAAUAAUACACCAGCCGUCCUCCUGUGUCUCGACCACUAUUUCACUCAUAGAUCCAGUGUGCAAGAUUUAGAGGUUGACGCGCUGGUUGAUCAUCUUAGCCUCUUUUUGCUCUUCGUAAAGCACUUAUACCACGCUGCCUUUGGCAUUGAUCCGGCUACGACUUCUGGAGCAGCCAGGUUGAUGGGUUUUUCGAAAGACAGCGAAGACCGAUUCACGAUUCCUCCGACAUGGUUUCUGCAACAAUUCCUGAACGACAGCAAACGACCCCAGGACGUUGGGUCUUGCGUGGUAUCAGCCUUUCAACUGCGGAAUGCAUACCAAACGGCUCUUCGACGACGUCUCUAUGAUCAUGUUUGGAAGGAAAAUGCGUCCUGCCGUACGAACAAAGUAUUCCGAGGGCCGUGUCUGACUUUCACCCUCUUCAAUCGCCAUUGCAAUCGCCAUGAAUGUCAACAGGAACACGUCGAUCCCGCGACUCUUACUCCAGAAAGCUAUACACUCCGUGUCCGGGCUCACUUGCUCCAAAUACUGAUUUAUCAGAGUCUACAGUUCCAGCGUAUGAGCAUUGCUGAACGAGGAUUUUGGAUGUCUCGUUUGUACUCCAUCCUCAAUCCGUCGUCUUAUCGUUUGGGUUCCCCUGGCCAUUUCCGUCUGCGAAAUAUACCGGAAGCGGCUUUGGGACUGCGCGUCUUAGGAGACUGGCUCCGCGAUGGCGCAUACGGCCUUGGAUUCGAGCCUGGAUUCCCUUUCUUCAAGUUGACACACUUUGUCGAAAUAGUCCAACUCGCUUUCCAAUUUGAUCGCCAGUAUGCCAUGGACUACCUGACUAAAGCGCCGUUCAUGAACACGAACAAACCGCUCAUUUAUCAACGGGGGCCAGGCGGAUAUGUUCUAUUUGAGUUCUUGAAGGCUAUCCAAGAUGCUGAGGAAUGGUCGCUCUCAGCUGGAGUCAUUUUUCUGCGACACAUUGCGGUUGAGAACGCGCUUCCGAUUCAGAUCCGUCUCAUCUGUGACCUCGCGGACAACAUAUGCGGGCGAUUGAUUAUUGCGGACCGGCAGCGGCGCGGUGGAGUGUUCCACAACAUCACCCUCCCCCUCAGCUGGCUCGUACGGCAAGUGACAUCGGGUAGGAACGGCUUUGUAAGCCCAAGGGCUUCCAAUACUUGUUGGAUUUUUGCUCGAACAUUGGUGGCACUAUUGGAGCCCGUCUUAACCGGUGUUGGUGCAGGUCACCUACUUUUCGACAACAAGGACCUUGCAAACGCCGUCAUUGGCUUUCGGAUUCGAAACAUCUUUCUCGCAAGAUUGUGUCGUUGUCUUGGAUUGCUUGUGUACAAUUUCGGCAGUGCUUCUCUGAGGAUGUUUGUCUUCCAGUCCAUUACCUCUCUGGGAAGCUAUCCGCCGCGCAUUUUCUCCCAGAUGACCAUGAGCUUUAUUCAAGCCAACGACUGGCCGGAGAUGGCUCGCGCAGUGCGUGGAUCGACCGGAGAUUCAGCACUCGAUGAGAUGGUCCAGUUACUCCAUGUGUCCAACCAUCGACCCCCAGCAAUGCCCAAUGUUCGCCAGAUUGUACAUCGCCACCUAGACGAGCUGCCGCAGCUAUUGGGCCUGGCUCCAGCCCCAAGCGCCGGCCCAAGCCCUAGUGUUCUGAAACAAACGACACAGAUUGCGCCGGAGACCAUGACCAAUCAACAGGUUGUUGUCGCUGCGACCAAAGACGCGGAUCAGCCUGGCGACGACGACGAAGGAUUGGUUGAAGAAAAUGUAACGCUCCCUACCUACGUCGAGCCCGCGUCUCGUCCUCAAAAGGAGAUCGCUGCCGCGGAGAAACUACAUCGAGUCCUGACCCAAGCUCUGGAACGUGGCAAGCAACGCCAAACCGACGGGUCGAUCAAGUCGCAGCGCGUUCUGCCAGCAAUUGUCGAAUCGUUUUUGGUCUACCGACAACUGGUCAGAAUCACUCCCGAGUCGACGCUGACGGAGCGCGUGUACGCGAGAACCGUCUGGGGACCGCUACAACAUCUUUUGCAUUGUCUCCGCCUUGUGCAUCAUGUGGCGCAGGAGAAGGCCCAGCAGUUCCAGCAGGAUUUCAAGAACUUGGACCACGAAGCGUUGGAAGCGCUUGACGAAAAGCUGACUGCCGUCCAGUGCACACUGGAGACCACGACCAAGUUUCAGAAGGUUUUGGGCUCGACGGACAAAGAAGGAAUCCACCGCGAUCGAAACCUAGCAGGAUUGAAGCAGCGCGUCAAGGAGGCGAUUGUGAUAUUCAGCGCUUUGCCAUUUGCUUGGCCGCCCCAUGGGAAGGCCCAUUUCGGGGUGGUGGUUCAUUGGAUGGAAAAUUGGCCGGAAAGUGAACUUAGGAAACCCACCGCGAAGAGAGUGAAACGCCCAAGGUUGAACAUGGGCGAUGAAGCGGAUAUCGAUGAUUUCUAG